AUGAAAAUUUCGGAUAUAGGAGACGAUAUCUGUGUUGAAGAGUAUGUAAAGUAUUUACUAGAUGGGGAUUUAGUAGCUAUUCCAACCGAAACGGUUUAUGGAUUAGGAGGGAAUGCUUUUAAUCAAAAAUCUAUAUUAGAUAUAUAUAAAAUUAAAGGCAGACCCAAAAAUAACCCACUUAUAUGUCAUGUAUACAGUUUUGAACAAGCAGAGUUACAAGUAUUUGAGCUUACACACAAGGUCAAUGUGGUUUAUAAACAAUUAGCCUUCAAAUUCUGGCCUGGUCCUUUGUCACUUAUAGGUAAGAAAAAAAGUGAGAUAAUAGAAGAUGUAGCUUUAAGUGGUAAAGUAGCAGUUCGUUGUCCAAAUAAUGGACUUACUUUAAAGUUUAUUAAAAUGGCAAAUGUUCCAAUAGCAGCUCCAUCUGCUAAUCGUUCUGGACAUAUAAGUCCAACUAAUCCUCAACAUAUUAUCAAGGAAUUCACAGAGCAAUAUAUGAGAGAAAUUGGUGUAAAUAUAUGGAUAUUAUAUGAUCGAGAUUGUUGUAAUAUUGGAGUUGAAUCCACAGUUAUCGAGUAUGUUGAAGAUACAAAUGAGAUUAUUAUAUAUAGACCUGGGGCAAUAUCAAAAUGUGAUAUUCUCAAUUGUUUGACUAAAGAUAAUCAGUUUAUUAAAUCUCAAAGCUGGAUAAAAGAUAUAAAUAUCCGUUAUUUUAGUAGAGAAAAUAGAGAUUUAGACUUACCAAGUCCAGGCAUGGAUAUAAAACAUUAUUCCCCAAUAGUUUCCACAUUCCUUAUCAAAGUAACUGACAAUCUAUUGAGCUCAGCUAAACCUAUUAAUACAAAUAUCCAAAAUAUUAUUAUAAUUGAUAUUGGCCAUAAACUAGAAUUUCUCACUUCUGAAGUAGGAGUAUACAUGUCAUUAAGUGAAUAUGAGGAUGAUUUUAAGCAAGCUUGUCGUAAUCUUUUUAAUUCACUACAUAAGGCUGAAGAUAUGGCUCUUAGUAAAUUUCCAGAUCCUAAUAAGGUCAAAAUCUUUUUAAUGGGAUUUAAACCACAAGAUGAUAUUUCGUCAGCUUUAUGGGAUAGAUUAUACAGAGCUUCAAAUGGAAUAUAUGUAUAUAUCGAAAUAUCCAAGGUUCAAAAUAAAGUUAUUACUCAGAAUAUAUUUUAUGAGUAUUAA